AUGUUUAAGCCAACGGAGCCAAUGCUAAUGCGCUUGCGCUUGACCACGAAGCAAGUCAAUGGUGGCUACUACAAGGGAAACCGGACCGGCUCCAUGGGUGCCUUCGACAAGAAGGGCCAAUACAGGCCCCAGGUAGAAAAGCAUCGCAAUUAUAUCCUUCCGACUAAGCUUGAACUGCCUGGACUUCCCGAGGAUUCCAUUUCCAAGGAACCCUUCCUGCUCACUCCCUUUGUCACACAACACAUGCGAUCAACCCGUUCAAGUUACGUGCAAGACCUCGAACGAAAUGGCAAGACGGUCACUGUGACUCGAGGAUUUGAGGGCAUCGAUUAUCUGAACCUAUGGGCCGAUACCGAAGAGGGCCUCCGGAUGAAGGCCACGCUUAGCAGAAAGUCCAAGAAGACGACAAAGGGAAUUUCGGGUCAAUGA